CAUUCGCAAUUUCGCAUAGUUCUCUCAACGGCCAAACACAAUGUCUUCCCCUUCUCCUCCCAUUCUCCUCAUUUCCAAUCCCCAACCCACCUCCACCGCUUCCUCCGCCCAAUCUCAGCCUCCUAUCGCCACGCCAGCCUUCCGCGCCCUAAUUAAUCAGAUCUCUGACUCUGUCCGCCACGGCUUCUCUCAGCGUCGCCCCUGGGCCGAACUCGUGGACCGGUCUGCUUUUAAUAAGCCUGAAUCCUUAUCUGAGGCAACCCUACGCGUUCGCAAGAAUUAUUCGUACUUUCGUGUCAAUUACUUGGCCGUCAUUGCCUCGAUCUUGGCUUUCUCUUUGCUUUCGCAUCCCUUGUCGCUCUUGCUUCUCCUUGGACUCCUCUCCUCGUGGAUAUUUCUCUAUCUUUUCCGUCCAUCUGAUCAGCCUGUGGUCCUCUUUGGCCGUACCUUCACAGAUCGUGAAACUCUCGGGUUGCUCAUUGUGUGUAGCGUGGUUGUCGUGUUCCUCACCAGUGUUGGAUCUGUUCUUAUCUCGGCUCUAAUGGUUGGAUUGGCUCUUGUUUGUGCGCAUGGUGCGUUUAGGGUUCCUGAGGACCUUUUCUUGGAUGAGCAAGAGCCUGCUGCUGCUACUGGAUUCUUGUCAUUCCUUGGUGGUGCUGCCUCCAAUGCUGCCGCUGCCGCUGCCCCUGUCGUUGCUGCUCGCGUUUAAGGACAGAUUUGAUUUGAUUCGGCGGAUCGAGAAGCCGAUGAUUUUGGUAAUAUAGUAUACAUUUGAUUAAUGAAGUUUAUAGAUUUUGGUAGACAGAAUAAAUAUCAAUUUCAUAUUUUGGUGAAUUUUCUUUUAUAAUUAGUUUGAUAUUCAUGAAAUUUGUAUGGAUCUCUGAUCUCUUGAUCUCUUGCUUGAGAUUCUAUAUUUUAUUAAAGAGUCUGUAAAUUUUAUAUUGAUAGUAUGUACUUUAGAUGGUACAAGCUGUAAUGAUUUACUUCACAUAUCAUCAAAAUAAAUUCUUUCUUUCUUCCUGUACAA